AUGAAAAAUCUGCGAAAGGAGCUCGACGAAGUGAAAAAUGCCAUGAAGGGAAAGACAGCAAUGAACCUGGAUGGCAUGCUCAAACGAAGGACCUUGCUUCACAUAAUCCAUUUCACAGCUAGUGUUUUGGAGUGCCCCCUGCCUCCAAAAUUUCAUCUGCUGCAACUAGAGUUUUAUGAUGGUACAAAGGACCCCCUCAACCAUAUAGGGGCCUUCAAGACUAUUUUGAACCUACAGCAGACCCCAGACAAAGUUAUUUGCAAAUCUUUCCCUGCCACCCUCAGAGGGGCUGCAAGGGUUUGGUUUGGUAAGUUGCCAGCAUCUUUCAUAGCAAAUUUCGAACAAUUCAGUGACUCAUUCAUUCUUCAUUUCAUUGGAGUGCAGCGCCACAAGAGGCCAACCUCUUACUUGUUGACAGUAAGGCAGCAAGAAGGGGAAAGCUUGAUGGAUUAUGUGAAGCGAUUCAAUAAGGUAGGGCUUAAUAACCCCACCCUCAUCUUUUCGUUAGGGAAGACGUCGCCAACUUCUAUGACAGACCUGCUAUUCAAAGCCCAGAAGUAUAUGAAUGGGGAGGACGCCCUUACUGCUAAAGGACUAAUAGGAAAACGGAAGAAGAAGGAGACUGAGGAGUCUCAUGGUAGGAAGAAAGAUCGUAAGGAUUCAUACUCGGAGGUUAAGGCCGGUAAGAGUAGUCCUGAUGCCCCAAAGAAAAAGAUGAACUUCACUUCGUUAUUUAUGCCUGCAGACAAAAUCCUGAUGCAGAUAAAGGAUGAACUGGGGUUGAAAUGGCCUAAGCCGUUAAGCACGUCCUUAAGGAAGCGUGACCUAAAGAAGUACUCUCCUUUUCAUAAGCAUCACGGCCAUUACACAGAUGAAUGCUGCGAUUUGAAAAAGCAGAUAGAGGAGUUGAUUCAACGAGGAAAACUUCAAAAGUUUAUCAAGAGGGAUCACCAACCUCGAUCAAGGGUUGAGGAUAAAACUCAUGACGACGCCAAGGAUGACGGACGAGACCAUCCAAAGCAGGCCGUAGGAGAAAUACGGACGAUAGCAAGGGGACCUAUAUCAGGAGGGUCGUAUAAGUCUUUGAAGAAGACAUAUUACCGGUAG